AUGGGUACUAGGAAGUCCUUCAAAGGUCAAGGUGGAGGGAAUCAAGGUGAAGGUGAAGGGAAUAGGGGUCGAGGAGGAGGGAACCGGGGUCGAAGUGGAGGGAACCGGAGUCGAAGAGGAGGGAACCGGGGUCGAAGAGGUCACUCUCUUCUCCCCAGAGGAGGUGAGAGAGCCCAAUCUUUUAUGAAGAAGGUGCCUCAGGAUACACUGGAGAUGGAUGAGAUGAGACAUUUGACUCAGAAAUAUGACCAGAUUGUCCCCCAAGAUGUGAAGAGAUUUCAAGACCUCCCCCUGUGCAAGAAAACCCAGAGAGGCUUGUGGGAUGCAGGUUACCAGUUCUUGACUGAGAUCCAGAGAGAGUCCAUCCCACUUUCAUUGCAGGGAUGUGAUGUCCUUGGGGCUGCCAAGACUGGCUCUGGCAAGACACUUGCCUUUAUCAUACCAGUCCUUGAGCGGCUGAUGUCCAUGCAGUGGACAGCAUUAGACGGUCUGGGAGUUUUGAUCAUCACCCCUACUCGAGAGCUUGCCUACCAGAUCUUUGAAAUCCUGAAGAAAGUUGGAAAGUACCAUGACUUUUCCGCUGCUCUCAUCAUAGGUGGGAGAGAUUGGGCCUAUGAGCGGAUGCGGAUGGACCGAAUGAACAUCAUCAUAUGCACUCCAGGCCGGCUGCUGCAGCACAUGGAUGAAAAUCCCCUGUUUGAUUGCACCAACCUCAAGAUGUUGGUAUUGGAUGAGGCAGAUCGAAUCCUGGAUAUGGGAUUCCAAGACACACUCAAUGCCAUUAUUGAGAAUCUCCCUCCCUCCAGGCAAACUCUACUCUUCUCAGCCACACAGACCAGGCAUGACCUUGCACGCCUAGGACUGAAGGAACCAAAGCAUGUAUGGGUGCAUGAGGAGAGCCAGGCCAGCACUCCGGAUGGCCUUACCCAGAUAUACAUGGUAUGUCCUCUUGAAAUGAAACUGGAUCUCCUCUGGAGCUUCAUCAAAAACCAUCUUCACCACAAGACUCUUGUCUUCAUGGCCACAUGCCGAGAGGUGAAGUAUGUGUUUGAGGCAUUCAGUCGCCUACGUCCAGGUGUCCCUCUCAUGCUUCUGUAUGGUCAGUUGAGCCAGAACAGGCGCAUGAGCAUCUAUGAAGACUUUUGUCGCAAGAAACGUGUUGUCCUCUUUGCUACUGACAUUGCAGCUCGUGGUCUUGACUUUCCAAGUGUGGAUUGGGUGGUCCAAUAUGACUGCCCAGAGAAUGCAGAUGAGUACAUUCACCGAGCAGGGCGUACAGCACGUAUAAAUCGUAAGGGAAAUUCCAUCCUUUUCCUGCUCCCAACUGAAGAGAAGGCCAUGAUCCAGCAUCUCAGUGAGAAGAAGAUUCCAAUAAAAAAGAUACAAGUGAACGAGAGCAAGACAGUGUCAAUACAGAAGAAGUUGGAGGAGAUGCUUGCCCGAGACAUAGAGCUGAAGGAGCGGGCUCAGAGGGCCUUCCGCACCUACAUCAAGUCAGUCUUCUUCGCCAAGGACAAAGAGGUGUUUCAUCUUGAGGCCCUUGACACACCUGCAUUUGCUCGGUCCCUGGGAUUGGUGGUGCGGCCAAGAGUAAGAUUCCUGGAGAAGUUUAAUAUUCGACUUGGAGAUUUUGAUGCAGAGCAGGAAGAAGAUGAGAAACAGUUUGGGGAGGGUUCUGAUGAAGAAGGGGAGGACUUCCUGAUGUUGAAAAGGCAGGACCAUGAACUAGAGGAGGAACUGGCAAAGCUCCCUGAUCCAUCCCUACCAGAGCCUCAUGGUACAAGGGUGAGGAAAUCCCGCAAGGCUGUGACCAAGGCAGCACAGGCCAAGAAGAUCCUCCGCAAGAAUCUCUCUGUGAAUCAGAAGAUGGUGUUUGACGAGGAGGGAGAACCAAUGCUGGAGGCAAGCAAGGUCCCCCAGUCAGACUUGGGGAAACGCUACCAGUUGCAAUCAAGGGAGACAGGUGGAAUUGACCUGGAUGAGGCCCGACAGUACAUUGAGGCUGAAGACCACUUUGACAAGGAACUCUUUCGCCGUCGUGUCCAUGAGAAACACAGGAAACACAAGGAAAAACAACGAGAGGAGAAGGAAGAUGAAAGGAAGAAAAAUGGAGUCAGAUUGAACAGUGAAGGAAAUGAUGAAGGUGAAGGUGAUGAGGAAUCUACCUCACUCAAUUGGCUGCCUGACCCUGACAAGGUGUAUGGUGAGAAACAUAAUGAAAGUGGAGAGGGUGAGAGUGAAACUGAAAGUGAGGAAGAAGAGGAAGGGGAACAGAAAUGGAGAGAAAGCCAAGAAGAUGAGUCAGAAUCAGAUUCAUCUUUAGAUGCCAGGAAGAGCAACUAUGACAGUGGAAUGCUUGCACUUCAAGUAAACGAAUUUUUAAUAGAUUCGCAUGCCGUAGAGACUCCUUCUCCGUUCCCGAUCAUGCUCUAUCUGGUAUCCAUGGUUCUUGACAAUGACUCUACAUCGAACUUUCAACGAUAG